AAUAGAAAAGCUAACUUCUCCCCCAAGAAAUUACUUCUUCACCUCUCUCUCUCCACCGUCGCCUGAGUCAUCUCCGCCGCUUGCCGGAGAAAAAAAAAAAAAACUCAGGUCAUCAUCCAAUUCAGCUACCUAAUUUCAUCAUCAUUCCCCAAUCCUUCACCUUUCUUCUAAUUUAAACCUUCAAUUCAAUGAAUUCACUUGCUUUAUAACCUUCUUAUCACCACACAACUUCAUCAACGCACAACAAAUUCUCCAAAUCCUCAUCCGUAUAAUCACACUUACAUUCAUGGCGAUCCGAUUCACCCUUUCGUACUCCGACUACAUCGCCGGAACCCUAGUUUCCGCCACCGGCAAAUCCACUACCUUCACCACGCUCGCGCGUGACUUUUUCGGCGCUGAUCGUACUUCCAAUCGUUCUCCACUCGUCAACGGAUUAAUCUCGUUACUUAACUCAACCACCGCACGUGGCGGCGCGUGUAGUAGUUUAGGCGGCGCGUGUGGUGGUUUAGGUGUGUUUGGUGUUUCGCCAUUGAGAGCGGGUUCUGUGACUUCUAUGCUUCCGUUUCUGCAAGGGUUGAAGUGGCUUCCGUGUAAUGAGAUUAAUAGUAGUAAUCAGAGUGUUGGAGAGAGUUCUAGUGGUGUUAGUGGUCGAUCGGUUGUUGUUGAGAGGAACGGUUGGAUUUCGAGAGUGUUGAGUGGUUUAUCUGAUGAUGCCAAGGCUGCAUUUACUGCUGUUAGUGUCAGGAUAUUGUUGAGAGCUCAGUUAGUUGAGCCGAAGUCGAUUCCCUCGGCUUCUAUGAGCCCUACACUUGAUGUCGGUGAUCGGAUUCUGGCCGAAAAGGUUUCAUACUUCUUCCGAAGCCCAAAAGUUUCAGAUAUUGUGAUAUUCGAGCCCCCUCCCAUUCUUCAGGAAAUUGGUUGCAAAGAUGCAUUUAUAAAAAGAAUUGUAGCAAAGGCUGGAGAUUGUGUCGAGGUUAAGGAAGGUAAACUGUUGGUGAAUGGUGUCGCCCAAGAUGAAGAAUUCAUUUUAGAGCCAUUAGAAUAUGAAAUGAAGCCUAUGAUUGUGCCAGAAGGUUAUGUGUUUGUGCUGGGCGACAAUCGUAACAACAGUUUUGACUCCCACUACUGGGGACCUCUUCCUGUAGCAAACAUUGUGGGUAGGUCUGUGUAUCGUUAUUGGCCACCGUCGAAAGUGUCGGACACAAUUUAUGUAGCAAGACGAGGUGUUGCUCAUUCUUGACACGCGUCAUUCUUCCUAUCUGUUUGGAGGGUGAAUCUUGAAUGACCUUUUUUGACAAUUUUGUUUUUGCCCUUCUGUUUUGCUUUGCCUUUUUCGCUCACCAUCGCCAAUCAUUGUAUAUAUCUAACCUCUUUUACGCUUUUGGGAUCGGGCAAUAAUGCCCGUAAGUUACUAAUUUAACUUCGUUUGUAGCCAUUUGUGGCAGUUUUAGGGUUCAUUUUCUUUUAUUUAUUGUUGAUUGUGUUGAAUGCUAUAUCUUCGCGGAUUGAGUAAAGAUACUAGUAUAACUUGAA